AUCCCCCAAUCCUUUUCUUUCCCACAUGGACGUCAGUCUGUAAUAAGCGUGCAGCAAUGGGGUUAAUUACAGGAUUGUUUGCCAUUUUUUACCAUUUACCAAGGAUAUAUAAAUGGUUUUUUAGGCCUUAUUAUUUCUUAUCAUUGCUUAUGACACUGGCCUUUGCUUUAGUACGGAACUGUCCGGGACUGUGUGAACAUUUACCGUCUCAAAGAGAGGACGGCAACUCGUGCGCUUUUGACUGGAGAGAGGUGGAGAUUUUAAUGUUUCUCAGUGCUAUAGUGAUGAUGAAGAAUCGAAGAGCGGUAACUGUGGAGCAACAUUUAGGGAAUAUAUUUCUCUUCAGUAAGGUUGCUAAUGUGGUGUUGUUCUUCAGAGUGGACCUGAGACUUGGUCUUCUCUAUAUCAUGCUGUGUGUGGUGUUUUUGAUUGCAUGUAAACCACCAGUUUACAUGGGCCCUGAAUACAUCACAUACUUCAGUGACACAACUAUAGAUGAAGAACUACAGCGGGACGGCCGAGUGACAUGGAUUGUAGAGUUUUAUGCCAACUGGUCUCCAGAGUGUCAGUCAUUUGCCCCGAUAUUUGCUGAAUUGUCACUUAAGUAUAGCUGCAUAAACCUCAAAUUUGGAAAAGUGGAUAUUGGACAAUAUGGAGAGGUGGCCACGAGGUACAGGAUAAAUCCAUCGCCCCUCUCCAAGCAGUUGCCCUCUCUAUUGCUAUUGCAGGGUGGACGGGAAUUCAUGCGUCGCCCCCAGGUGGACAACAAGGGAAGGGCCGUUGCAUGGAGUUUCACAGAGGAAAAUAUAAUUCGAGAGUUCAACCUAAAUGAGAUAUUUAAAAAAUGUAAGAAACACAGCAAAGGAGAGAAAGUGGAGGAACCAAUGGAACUUCAGGAGGAGGGUCCUGAUGCUGAAGAAGAGCCAAUCUCUUUAGAUGGCACAAAGGAACAAGAGAGUAAAAAAGACAAAUAAGAAAUAAAACACGAUUACUGGUGGAAUUCAGUAUUUGUGAGGUUCAUAUAAAAGCAUUAUUUUCACAUCAUGUGUAAUAAAUGUCUUAUAGUUCUUAAACGUCUUCAAAUUUUAAUAUUUACUAUUUAAAUGGCCUUUGUUAAGUCUCUCAGAUCUUAUAUUAUCAUUUAGUUUAUUCACGGCUUUCAAUCAGUUUAUAAUGGGCUGCUGUCAUUGGCCAAGCUUGGCCAAAAGAGAAAAAUUUAAUUUAUGUUUCCUCCCAAUUGGAUAUUUUUUUUUGUCUAUUCAUGUGCCAUAUGUUUGCAAGUUAAGUUUUAAUUAAAUUCAAAGUCAUUA